GCGUUCAAAUUCAACCCGCUGCUCGAAUGGAAUGAUUCGAGCGAGGAGAAGAUGGUCAAGGAGGUUUUCGAUCAUCUUGAUCAGCGGAGUCUUAACCAAGCCCGCCUUCGGGCAAACCCUUAUGAAACGAUCGCGUCCGGUAUUUUCCAGAACCGAGCAGCCAUGAAAGCCGCCAACCUAGAUGCAGUCUUCGAUUUCCUCUUCACUGGCGAGGACCCGGCGCAAGUGGAGAAAAAGUGCCCUUUGCGACUGGACAAGGUGGGGGAGAACACCACCCGUGAUGCCCCACUAUUCUAUUUUGCCGACGUUUGUGGCGGCCCUGGCGGCUUCUCGGAAUACACACUGUGGCGCAAGAACUUCUACAACGCCAAGGGAUUCGGGUUUACGCUCAAAAAUGACUGUGACUUCAACUUGCGCAAGUUCAUGGCUUCGUCACCACUGCUUUUUGAGCCCCACUACGGUGAAACAAACACCGGUGACGCGACGAAGCCUCAGAAUAUCGAGAGCUUCGAGAAGUUCGUGAUGAAGGGCACUGACGGGUUGGGCGUGCAUCUGAUGAUGGCCGACGGCGGGUUCAGUGUCAAGGGGAAGGAAAAUAUACAAGAGAUCUGCUCCAAACGCAUCUACCUCUGUCAACUUCUCAUCUCGCUUUGCGUCCUACGCGAGGGCGGCAACUUCUACUGCUGUUUGUUUGACGUCUUCACGCGCUUCUCAUACGAGCUAUGUUUCUUGAUGACGCUGUGCUACGAGGAUGCGUCUCACGACAAGUUCCACGCGCCGAAAAAGCCGGUCAUCCGCAUUUUGGAUGCUGCUGUCUUGAUCGGUGACUAUAUCGGCGCACUGCCCUACGAAAAACGCCUCGAGUGCAUCAAGAAGUUUUGCAAGGCGGCUUCUUUGGUCUCGGGUUCUGUCAGCGUGCAAACGCCAAAGCAACAGCAAAACUUCAACCGGAACCGGUCAUUCGUCAAACUAGAGCCGAUUGUGUUUCACCCGAUGGAGUUGGUUGUCGCCGAAUGUUUCAAGCUCAGCGAGAUUCCACUGCAUCGCCCGGUCCUGACAAAACACCAGAACGAACCCGUGGCUUUCAUUCGCGACGGUCAAAACGCUUUCCGCGUCAGUGGCUUGCAUGUGCUGAAAUAUAUGAAUGACCAAUGGAGCGUUUUCUGGAGCAACACGGCCAAGCAGUGCUACGCGUAUUCAGUAGUAAAGCAACCUGUUGGUGGCCACAAGGCGGCAUCGGUGUUCCCCGACAAAUACGCCGAGAACCAAGUGACGACCAACUUCUACGACACAGCUUUCACCAAGAAUCGCCCUCACAUGCACCAGUUUUGGAGUUGGCAGAAAAGCCGAGGCGGUUCCGUAUCGGCGUACGGCGUGAAAAGCAUCAUGAAGAACGACUCGCAUCCGGAUGGCCCAACCCUCAAGUCGGUUGCGGCCACGAUUCGACCAUUUACCGCGCCGAUCCCCGUCAAAAGUCCU